AUGCUGGCCGACGCAGAAGGGUUGACGGCCACCAACCGGCGCAUGAUGCCCACCGUCGGCUGCGAGGCUGACGCCAUUGCAUACACCCAGGCUGCCUGCAAGCUGUUCCAGUCUUCAACCGAUACGGGCGCUGCCACGGUGGCGCCCGACGGCAGCUAUAGCCAGGGGCCCCACGACAUCUCGGCCGCCGACUGCACCAAGGCCGCGCUGGAGCAGUGCCUGGUGGUGGAGCCGCGGCGGCGCCGCCUGCGGGUGGUGCACAACCUGCGGCGCACGGGCGGCGAGGGGCGCUGGGUGCUGGACAGCGUGGAAGUGCACAACGAGCGGUACGACUCGCCAUACCGCGGCAAGGUGGAGCUGUCGGGGUGUGGCGGCGGCAUGAAGGCGUUUGCCGGCGACCAGCGCCUGGCGGCAGAGGCGGUGCAGGGCAGCUGGGAGGCCAGCGGGGUGCGGUACAGCGUGGACGGAGAUGCCAGCGGGCAGUGCAGCCGCGAGGCGGUGAGCGGCGAGGGCUGGUCAGCAGAGGACGUGGUGGCGACGGGCCUGCUGCUGCACCCGCUUCAGGCCUGGAGCGCCUGCGACAUCCGCGGGGAGGAUGUCACCGUCACUGCUGGCGUGCUGCUGGAUGAGGGCGGCAGCAGCAUGGCGGUGGCCACCCGGCGGCUGGUGGCGGGGCGCUUGGUGGCAGCGGAGCUGCUGACGCUCACACGGAAGGCGGCCUGA